AUGGAGGAGAAUCUCCCCAAUAUUUUGAGCGACAGUUUAGGCUCCCGGCACUUAGACCUCAAUCAAAAAGCUGAUUUAACUUUAAAAGGUGUGGUGGGUACCAUCAUUAAUAAGUAUUUUCCACGGCUAACACAAUCACAACGACAAUUAUUUGAAGCCUCGCCAUUUGGAAUAUUUUUAGGGAUGCAUAUCCCACAUGGUGAUCCAUUAUUUGUGCAUCUGAUGAUGUUGCACGAAGUAAGGACUCAAGAAGUAUUUGAAAUGGGGAGGUUUUUAUUUGAUAUAGAAGGGAGGCAUUUAGAAUUUGGUGAAACGGAAUAUAUUCUCAUUUGUGGUCUAAAAGUUGCUCGUUAUGUGGAUUUACUCUACGACGAAAAAGGCCGAUCAAAUUCAUGUCUUCGUGCUCGUUUGUUCCCAGACAUUUCUGAUGCACGUUUGCGGUUGAAAGAUUUGGAAGACUUCAUUAUGUCUCCUAAAUAUUUGGAAGUUAAAGAUGAAGAUGUUGUGAUGCUUAUCCAGCUAGUGUUUGUGUUGAAGGGACUCCACGAACGCGACGUAAAAACGUGCAUUCCCGCUACAAUAUACAAUCUUGCUGAUAAUAGAGAUGAUUGGAACAGGUUUGCAUGGGGUAUGUAUCUUUGGAGGUAUACUUCGCGGAUGAUGCGUGGAAUGUUUAAAAAAAUAGUAGAAUUUAGACAAUUCAAGGAGGCCAAUCCCGAAUCCAAGAAAAUACACAAGUAUACCGUUCCUGGUUUUAUGCUGCCAUUUAAGAUCUGGAUUUUGGAGACUUUCCCCGAGGCAACCAAAUUUUAUGUACGCAUCUCGACAGAAUUGCCAAGGAUGAGGUGUUGGAGAAGUAAAUCAGUGUUAUCUUGGGAGAACUGUUGUAGAAUAAUUAACGUGUCUGUGCCUAACAACCAACCUAUUCAAGUGGUGGCAAACGAGACGGAGCUGAUGUUACCCUUUUAUGUUCGAUACGUGAAUUGGACUCUUAACCAUGAAGAGUCUCCUCCACCGCAACAUAGUCCGGUCCGAAACAGUCCACCUGCUGUUCAGUCGCCUCCUCGUAGAAGUAUGUACAAGUCGGAUACAUGUUCGACUGAAUCUGCCACAAAUGCUUCUUCCUCGCAACAACCUGAAAUAGAAACGAGGGUGCUAAAGAAGAAGAAGAGUAGCACAAAGGCAUUAGUGAAACGUCUACUAGGCGCCGUGUCACACCCCGAAAACCAAAGGCGGAAACGUCCCCGGGGUUGA